UAAAAGAUGGGCAAGCACCUUUUUUAUUUUUUACGCCCCCUAAGUUAUACAAGCAUGAAACAUCAAACUUAAAUGUAUCACAUGCGACGGGAACACUGACCAGACAAUACGCAGUUAUACAAAAUACUCAUUUUGAUAACGCAGGAGGGAAAAGAAGAAAUGAAGAUCCUUUUUUCAUCACUUGUGGCCCUAUUGUUGGGUUGCCAUUUGUACGUUUGUGGAUCAUUCUCAGGCUUAGCAUAUGCAUCAGAGUACAGUACUGGAUCACUUCAGGCAAUGUGUAGGAUCUAUCCCAACACUGGUCUAGCAUCUGGGAUGCCCCGUGUGUAUGGUCGUAUUUUAUUUAAACAGUCUGACCCAAAGGAAAAACUCAAGGUGACUUUUAGACUGUCCGGAUUCCCUGUCGACGAACAGCCCAGAGCAAUGCAUAUUCAUGAGUAUGGAGAUUUACGCAAGGGCUGUGAUUCUACAGGUGGACAUUACAAUCCCCUUGGAAUAGACCAUCCACAACAUCCAGGGGACUUUGGAAACUUUGUUCCGAAAAAUGGGAAGAUUCGUCAUUCGCAGCUUUGUAAUGCAACGCUGUUUGGAAAGCUCUCAAUAAUUGGCCGCUCUGUUGUUAUUCAUGAGGGAGAGGAUGAUUUGGGCAGAGGUGGAAAUGUGGAGAGCCUGUUGCAUGGCAAUGCUGGAAGGCGACUGGCAUGCUGUGUUAUUGGAUUAGGCAACCCCAAAUUUUAAUAAUGCUGGCUACACAUUAAAGCCCUUUUUUGUGGUUUAUCACAAAACAUCCCAAUGAAAAAAAACAUAUAAAAGACAAUUAUGAGCCAUCAGCUGUUAACCUUUAAAAACAAAAAGUGGUGUGUUUUGAGACUAUUCUAGUAGAAUUUAAUGCUUUAACAAGUGAAGUUGCUGAAAGGUGUUUUAUUGGUUCCUAUUUCUCAUAUAACACCAAUAGCAGCAAACAUACCAAUAGAGACACACAUACACCAUUAAAGCUUCAAUUUUGUUCAAUUUGUUUUUAGAAGGGCAUUAAGAAUGUAUUACUUUUGGCCAAAUAGCUUCUGUUGGUUCUUUGAAAUAAAUAGAUGCUAUAUAACAGUAGUGUCACAUUAUUCAAAAAAUAGAGGUUUUAAAGGCGAGGUGCAUGAUUUUUGAAAAAGACUUUGGAAAAGGGAGUCGGGCCGAGUAUCAAAACACACUUGUAGCCAAUCAGUAGUAAGGGGUAUGUCUACUAACCGAUAUCAUUGCCUGGGUUGCGUAUGUGUGGGGCGGGUCUAUCAAAAGAAGGUCCAGAUUCUAUUUGGGGUAGAGGCGUGUUUGUUUAGGUGAUUUUAAAUAUCAACAGGCUUUCAGAGAUCAUGCACCCCGCCUUUAAAUAAAUGUUUGUUUUUUAGAUUCACAAGGUUUAAAUAAAAAAGCAUGCAUUUAUAAAACUGACUACUCCAGAACUACAUAGACACUACAAAAGCACUCCCAACUCUGGAAAAGUAUAUUAAGCCUUUUACAUGGAUGGUAAAGUAAAAUGUUAGUGCUGUAUAUUUAAAUUGCAAUAUAUUAUUGUUUGACUCAUUUUAAUCUGUGUGUGUGUGUGUAAUGUCUGUAUUUAGUUUUUUGUUGUGUAAAUGAAUGGAUGACAUAUUAAAGGGAUAGUUAAAAAAAAGAGAAUUCUGUCACCAUUUACUCAGUCUGAUGUUUUAUAAAUUUCUUUGUUCUGAUGAACACAAAGUAAGAUAUUUUGAGAAAUGUUUGUAAACAAAUCGUUUGUGGACCCCAUUUACUUCCAUAAUAUAAUUUUUUUCUAAUAUGAAAGUAAACGGGGUCCACAAAUAUCUUCAUUCAUGUUUAUCAGAACAAAGAAAUGUAUACAGGCUUGUAACAACAUGAGAGUGAGUAAAUGAUGACAGAAUUUUAAUUUUGGGUAAACUAUCCCUUUAACUAAAUAGCAGGAUUGGUACAGCAGUUUUUAGAUUAAAGCAUUUCUAUGGAGUUGAAAUGCAAAUUAGCACAUGUUAUACUCUUUAUAUACCAUGCAUUCUAUGUUCUAUGCAUAUUUUUUCAUGUUAAUAUACUGUAUCUAUUCAAAUAAACAAAUAAAAUAAAAAUCUUGUUACAUCUUG